AAAAUCUAUCACGCGAAUUAUUCUCUGAUCAAAAACGAACCAUGUCUGCCGAAGCCGUGAAUAUUCCAGAGUCGCCUCCCUUUACGGACGCACACACACAGAAACCUGGGACAGAGUUACCAGAUACCAGUCUUCGAUUACCUCCCACGCCUCCAAAAUCCGAGGUCAACACUGAUUCAACUCCAAAUUCAAGGCGGGGCAGCUCUGCCACCGCUGAACCUCGAUAUCCCCUUCCGCCACCCACCAGUCUGCCUAAGGAUAUCUUAAAAGAAGACCUCAAGACCCCAGACAACCAUGUACCCAGAGAUCCCCGACUGAUUCGAUUGACUGGAAUCCACCCAUUCAACGUCGAGGCCCCCUUAAGUGCUCUUUACGAUGAAGGAUUUCUCACAUCACCCGAAUUAUUCUACGUUCGAAAUCAUGGUGCCGUUCCACAAGUUGACGACGCCACAAUCCCAGAUUGGGAGUUCUCGAUCGAGGGGCUGGUCAAGCAUCCUACCACCAUGACGCUCAAGCAACUCAUUGCAGACUACGAACAAAUCACAGUCCCUAUUACCCUUGUCUGUGCUGGAAAUCGACGAAAAGAGCAGAACCAGGUUCGAAAAUCGAAAGGGUUCUCUUGGGGAGCGGCUGGUGUUUCUACAGCGCUAUGGACUGGUGUUCCCAUUGCCGAGUUGAUAAGAAGAGCUUUUCCGAUGCGAGGAGCAAAAUACGUCUGCAUGGAAGGUGCUGACAAGUUGCCCAACGGGUAUUAUGGCACCUCCGUGAAGCUGAACUGGGCAAUGGAUCCAAAUAGAGGUAUUAUGCUGGCGCACAAGAUGAACGGGGAAAUACUUCGUCCUGAUCACGGAAAGCCUUUACGAGUCGUUGUUCCUGGCCAAAUCGGCGGUCGUAGCGUCAAGUGGUUGAAGAAGCUCAUUGUUACGGCCGAGCCCAGCGACAAUUGGUACCACAUCUAUGACAAUCGAGUACUACCUACGAUGGUCAGCCCGGAGCAAAGCGCCAAUGAGCCAAAGUGGUGGAUGGAUGAGCGUUAUGCCAUCUAUGAUCUGAGUACGAACAGUGCCACGGUAUAUCCCGCCCAUGAAGAGCAAAUGUGCCUCGUUAAUGGCCCAGAAAUGUACCGAGCGCGUGGAUAUGCUUACGGUGGUGGUGGAAGAAGAGUUACGAGAGUUGAAGUCACCCUAGACAAAGGGAAAUCGUGGGCGUUGGCGGACAUCAAAUAUCACGAGGAUGAUUACCGAAAUGCCGAUGAGAAUGAUACGCUGUUCGGAGGCAAACUGGACAUGGCAUGGCGGGAAACCUGUUUCGCUUGGUGUUUCUGGGAGAUUGAUCUCAAAGUGGAGGACUUGAAGCUGUCGGGAGACAUCAUGGUGCGGGCGAUGGAUGAGAGUAUGAACGUCCAACCCCGCGACAUGUAUUGGAGUGUGCUUGGGAUGAUGAACAAUCCAUGGUAUCGAAUUACGAUCAGCAAGGAGGGUGACUAUCUUCGAUUCGAGCAUCCUACGCAACCUGCUCUCAUCCCAGGUGGAUGGAUGGAGAAGGUUAAGGCGAGAGGUGGUAAUCUUGCAAAUGGAUUCUGGGGCGAGAAGGUGGGUGGUGAAGGGGAGGAUGAAGGUGUCGUUGAGCCGAAGAAAGAGAUUAAGAUGACGAAAGAUGGUCUGGACAGAAACAUCACUAUCGAUGAGUUGCGAAAACACGAUGGCGACGCAAAUCCAUGGUUCGUUGUCAACGGCGAGGUGUAUGAUGGGACCGCGUUUCUUGAAGGACAUCCGGGAGGAGCAACCAGUAUCUUCGGUGCAGCAGGUCAAGAUGCCACCGAUGAGUUCAUGGCGAUUCAUUCGGAAACAGCGAAAGGUAUGAUGCAAGCAUAUCACAUCGGUUCCCUGGACGAAGCAUCUCGUGCCGUUCUCCAGACUGGUGACGAAGUGCAUUCCGAAUCCUCAGAACCCCGCAAAGUCUUUCUGCAAUCCAAGACCUGGACAAAAGCUAUCCUCUCCUCGAGGCAGGUGAUCUCUUCCGACACCCGCAUAUUCAACUUCACACUUGAGCACGAAAAUCAAACGAUCGGUCUUCCAAUCGGCCAACAUCUGAUGAUGCGGUUACGGGACCCAGCCACUCGCGAAGCAAUCAUCCGUUCUUACACACCGAUAUCAGAGGGUACUGACAAGGGCGUUCUUCGCGUUCUCGUGAAGGUGUACUUUGACACGAAAGAGCGUGCAGGAGGGAAGAUGACCAAGGCUCUCGAUGCCAUCCCUGUUGGCCACUUUGUCGACUUCAAAGGCCCAAUCGGCAAAUUUGAAUAUCUCUCCCGCGGCCACUGCACGAUUGGAGGGAAGCCACGAUUUGUCAAGCGCUUCAUUAUGAUUUGUGCUGGGUCUGGAAUUACUCCCAUUUUCCAGGUGUUGAGAGCUGUGCUGAAAGAUCCUGAAGAUGAGACGAGAUGCUUGGUACUUGAUGGGAAUCGACUUGAAGAGGAUAUCCUUUGCAAGGAGGAUAUGGAUGCUUUGGUAAAGGGGAAGGCGGAUCGAUGUCGACUUCUCUAUUCCCUAACGAAGCCCAGCGAAGGGUGGCAAGGACUUAAAGGUCGCGUGAGCAAGGAGCUGCUCGAGAAGGAAGUCGGUACCUGCGAGUCUCAAAACGGCGAAGAGCUGGUUCUGAUCUGCGGACCUGAGACGCUAGAGAAGAGCGUGCAUGGGUUCUUGAAUGAUAUGAGGUGGAAAGAUGAAGAUUUGUUGUUCUUUUAGGGAGGUGUAUAGAACGAUUAGCCGUGCGCGUACGUAUGAGUUAGCAUUUUCGGGCAGCUGUCAUGCUGUAGAACCCGUAUGAGUUGUCGAUGUACAUCCUAUGCUGAAAACGAAUUUAUGUUUAUAUAUCAUUAUAGCCCCCGCUUUGCAACUUUCGUUGUUACUACUUAGACUGCC